AUGGCCACAGCUCUUGUUGAAAAUGCUACCAACAUUGUAAAGGAGAUUGUUCGCCCGGUCGCAAACUUCUCUCCUAGCUUAUGGGGCGAAAAGUUUAUCAAUUUUUCUUUUGAUACUGAGCUUGCAGAAAAAUAUGCCACGGAGAUUGAAAGGUUUAAGAAUGAAGUGAGAAGCUUGCUGAUAGCUCCCGGAAAAGACAUGGCGGAGACUAUGAGUAUGAUCGACACACUUGAGCGCUUGGGUGUUUCAUAUCAUUUUGAAAACGAGAUUGAAGAACUGUUAGAAUGCUUCUUUAAUCUCAACUCAAAUUAUGCAAAUGAAACCUACGACUUGUACACUGUUGCACUUCAUUUUCGUUUAUUCAGACAACAUGGAUACCGUAUAUCUUGUGAUAUUUUUAAGAAAUUCAUGGAUGAGACUGGAAAAUUCAAAGAGACGAUUAAGAGUGAUGCGAAAGGGUUGCUAAGCUUGUAUGAAGCUGCAUAUUUAAGGGUGCAUGGAGAAGACAUACUAGAAGAAGCCCUUGCUUUUACAACAGAUAACCUGAACACCAUGGCACCAAAUCUAAACUCUACCCUCGGGAAACAGGUAGCUCAUGCCCUUGUGCAAUGCAUCCAUUUUGGGAACCCAAGAAUUGAGGCACGUAACUUUAUCUCCAUCUACCAAGAAGAUGAGUCCAAGAAUGAUAUGCUGCUGACGUUUGCCAAAUUAGACUAUAAUUCAUUGCAAAUGUUGCAUAAAAAGGAACUCCAAGAAGUUUCAAGGUGGUGGAAGGAUUUGGACCUUGUUUCUAAGCUUCCUUAUGCUAGAGACAGAGUGGUAGAAUGUUUUUUUUGGGCCAUGGGAGUUUAUCAUGAACCUCAAUAUUCAAUUGCUCGAAUCAUGCUCACCAAAACCAUUGCAAUGACGUCAAUAAUAGAUGAUACAUAUGAUGCCUACGGUACAGUCGAGGAACUUGAAAUUUUUACUGAAGCCAUUAUGAGAUGGGAUAUCAGUGAAGUUGAUCGGCUACCUGAGUACAUCAAACCAUUCUAUAGUGCUCUUCUAAAUCUUUAUGAGCAAUUUGAUGAAGAACUAUCAAAAGAAGGAAGAUCUUACGCGGUUCAUUAUGCAAAAGAAGCUUUGAAAGAGCUUGUGAGGACAUACUAUGUGGAAGCCAAGUGGUUUAUCGAAGGAUACUUGCCACCAUUUUCCGAGUACAUGAGCAAUGCCUUAAUUACAUGCACUUACGUUUAUCAUACAACUACAUCCUUGUUGGGGGUCAAAUCUGUCACUGAGGAAGAAUUUCAAUGGCUGAGCAGUAAACCUAAAAUGCUUGUUGCAAGUCUCAUAAUAUGUCGACUCAUUGAUGACAUUGCUACAUAUGAGGUUGAGAAGGAAAGGGGCCAAAUUGCCACCGGCAUCGAAUCAUACAUGACGGAGAAUGGUGUGAGUAAAGAAGUGGCGGUCAAUAAGUGGUGGAAGGAUUUGGACCUUGUUUCUAAGCUUCCUUAUGCUAGAGAUAGAGUGGUAGAAUGUUUCUUUUGGGCUAUGGGAGUUUAUCAUGAACCUCAAUAUUCAAUUGCUCGAAUCAUGCUCACCAAAACCAUUGCAAUGACAUCAAUAAUAGAUGAUACAUAUGAUGCCUAUGGUACAGUUGAUGAACUUGAAAUUUUUACGGAGGCCAUUAUGAGAUGGGAUAUCAGUGAACUUGAUCGACUACCCGAGUACAUCAAACCAUUCUAUAGUGCUCUUCUAAGUCUUUAUGAGCAAUUUGAUGAAGAAUUAUCAAAAGAAGGAAGAUCUUACGCAGUUCAUUAUGCAAAAGAAGCUUUGAAAGAGCUUGUGAGGACAUACUACGUGGAAGCCAAGUGGUUUAUCGAAGGAUACUUGCCACCAUUUUCCGAGUACAUGAGCAAUGCCUUAAUUACAUGCACUUACGUUUAUCAUACAACUACAUCCUUGUUGGGGGUCAAAUCUGUCACCGAGGAAGAGUUUCAAUGGCUGAGCAGUAAACCUAAAAUGCUUGUUGCAAGUCUCAUAAUAUGUCGACUCAUUGAUGACAUUGCUACCUAUGAGGUUGAGAAGGAAAGGGGCCAAAUUGCCACUGGUCUAAUGCUAAUUCGGUGA